ACCGACAUUUUUUAGAUCAAAUGACAUAUAUUCCAGACGUUAUACAUUCCAAAAAUCUAUAUUUAAUCCACCCCUUCCCCGGGAAAAUGGUUAUUGUGUCGCUUCAGUCGCUUCUUUACCUUAGCACCUUUUUUGGUACGGCAGUGUACUAACAUAUCUUAUCGCCGUACUAACGCAUCCGAUGCCUCUCUUUUACCAUAUUCGGUGUAAAACGAACCUGUACUUAAUCAACAUCGCUUUGAUAUCGUGUAAAUGGAGUACACCAAUACAAAUUUGGAGAUGUUAAUCUAUAAAAUAUCUGGUAACUCUUGCCGCCAUCGUUCGUUAGUCUUGCGCCGAGCGGUGUCAAUUAAGGUAGCCGGGAUGUGGUUCUUCUGUGUGGCAACUCUUUUUGCCCUUUUGACGCUUCUAGGAACACUAGUAUACUACGUCAUACGUAAACAAACCUAUUGGAAAGAUCGCAAUGUACCUCAUCCAACUCCUACGUUUUUUAUCGGCAGUUUUAAAGAUGCGUUCUCCAAGGUACACUUCUCGGAAUAUCUAGUUAAAUAUUACAACACGUACAAGGGACAACAUCCGUUUGUGGGCAUGUACAUGCUAGUAUCACCAGUUGUCCUUGUAACUGAUUUGGAAUUGGUGAAAUCAAUCUUAGUAAGAGACUUCCAGUACUUUCACGAUCGGGGCACCUACUACAACGAGAAACACGAUCCGCUGACAGCUCAUUUGUCCAACUUGGAGGGUCAAAAAUGGAAGAAUCUUCGCAACAAGCUAACGCCCACGUUCACGUCCGGUAAGAUGAAAACGAUGUUUCCUACGGUAGCUGCAGCCGGAAAACAGUUGAAGGAUUUUAUGGACAAAAACGUCGAGAAAAACAGUGAACUGGAAAUGAAGGACAUUAUGGCCCGGUUUACGACGGAUGUAAUCGGAACGUGUGCGUUCGGUAUCGAGUGUAACAGUAUGCGUGAUCCUGACGCAGAGUUCCGAGCGAUGGGAAAAUUGUUUGUAGAUCGUCCUCCAUCGCAGUUUGUUAACUUUAUGAUUCAGGUUUCCCCGAAGCUCAGUCGAAUGUUGGGCAUCAGGCUUAUUGAUAAGGAAGUGUCGACCUUCUUCCUGAAGGUGGUUCGAGAUACCAUCGAUUAUCGAGUGAAGAACGGCAUAGUGCGCAACGACUUUAUGGACCUCAUGAUUCGCAUGCUUCAAAACAAGGACAAUCCAGAGGAAUCGCUCACAUUCAACGAAGUGGCAGCACAAGCGUUUGUGUUCUUCUUCGCCGGCUUUGAAACGUCCUCUACUCUGCUGACCUGGACAUUGUACGAGCUGGCACUGAACCCCGACGUCCAGGAAAAGGGUCGUCAGUGUGUGAAGGAGGUUCUGGAGAAACACAACGGGGAGAUGACGUACGAGGCUAUCCUGGACAUGAAAUAUGUAGACCAAAUUCUGAAGGAAACCUUGCGCAAGUACCCUCCACUUCCGAUGCACUUCCGAAUGACGGCUCAAGAUUAUCCCGUACCGAACACGGAUUCCGUCAUCGAGGCCGGUACAAUGAUUAUGAUUCCCAUCUUCGCCAUCCAACGUGAUCCGGAUAUAUUUCCCGAACCGGAAAAGUUCGACCCAGAGCGAUUCAGCCCUGAAGAGGAAGCGAAACGCCACCCGUUCGCUUGGACACCGUUUGGCGAGGGUCCGAGGGUAUGCAUAGGGCUACGAUUCGGCAUGACGCAGGCACGGAUCGGAUUGGCAUAUCUGUUGCAGGGCUUUAGCUUUUCCCCGUACGAAAAAACUUCCAUUCCCAAGAAGUUCAUUACGAACAACAUUUUCCUAUCUCCCCAGGAUGGUUUGUGGUUGAAGGUAAAUAAGUUGUAG